UUCUUUGGCUAGCUGUUGGCUUGACUUGAGUGACCAUAAUGGUUGCUGCGAGUAGUUGAUAUGAAAAAAAUUUCUGUUUUAUAAUUAAGGUUCAAGCAAUAUGAAGUUUUGAUGUAAUCAGAAAUCUUUUAUUGGAUAAUUCGUUAUUUAUAAAAUAUUUAUAAUGACUCAGUAUUUGCCACCAAACUUAUUAGCCUUGUUUGCUCCACGAGAUCCCAUUCCUUAUAUUCCUCCCGCAGCCAAAUUACCACAUGAGAAGAAAAACAGGGGAUAUUUAGGCGUCGGACAGUUUCUCAAUUUAUUCGAGGAUCCCAAAGAUACACCACCGCCAACCAGAGUUGAGACCAGAGAAGAAAGAUUAGAAAGACGAAGGCGUGAAAGAGCUGAACAGGUUGCUUAUAAAUUAGAGCAAGAAAUUGCUGUUUGGGAUCCAAAUAAUGUACAAAAUUCAACAGCUGAUCCCUUCAAAACCCUUUUCAUAGCAAGAAUAAACUAUGAUACCUCAGAAUCCAAACUACGAAGGGAGUUUGAAGUUUAUGGACCAAUCAAGAAGAUAUUCCUUAUCCAUAACAGUGUCAAUGGGAAACCUAGAGGGUAUGCUUUUAUCGAAUACGAACAUGAACGAGAUAUGCAUUCUGCUUAUAAACAUGCAGACGGUAAGAAAAUAGAUGGUCGUAGGGUUUUAGUGGAUGUUGAAAGGGCUAGGACAGUAAAAGGAUGGUUGCCCAGGAGAUUAGGUGGCGGACUCGGAGGAACAAGACGUGGAGGUCCCGAUGUAAACAUCAAACAUUCUGGACGUGAAGACAACGAGCGUGAAAGGGAAAGGUAUAGGCUUGAAAGAGAGAGGGAGGAAAGGGGUGUGAGGGAGAGAGAUCGGGAAAGAAUAUCCUCGUUUGACAGAAGGCGGUCUCGCUCCAGAGAAAGGAGGAGGAGAAGUAGAUCCCGUUCGCCCAGAAGAGAAAAGAGAAGACGCAGCAAAGAGCGCGUAAGAGAAGAAUUCGAUGAGAGUUUCGAGAGACCUAGAGAAAAAGAACGUGAAAGGGAUCGUGACCGCGAGAGGAAAAGAAGAAGGUCUAAGUCUAGAGAUAAGGAUCGCGACAGGAAACGUGACAGGAGGGAGAAACGCGAAAGAGACAGGGGAGAGAGGUUAGAAUACAUAAAAACCGAUGAUGGAGGUGAAAUAAAGGUCAAGGAAGAACCUAUUGAUGACUACCCUGAGUACCCCACAUAUGAUCAUCAGGUACAAGUGAAAUAUGAAGAAGAUGAAGAAAAGUAUCAUCCAGAUAAUGCAAAUGGAAGUCGUCAGUAUGACGAUGAAUAUGAAGAAGGUGAAGCAUAUUAAUAAUUUAUGUAAGGCUUUAUAUUUUUUAGAAACUUACUUCCUUUAAAUUAAAACUUUCAUGAUCAGUUAUGAAAGCAAUUGGGAUUUCGGAUUGAUGUGAAUUGAUGAGUUUGUUUAUAUUUCACCAUUAAGAACUUUCAUAACUGAGAUUACUUUUAGGAGUGAACUCAUUUGUCUUAGAUCUAAAAUCGAUUUAUUAAUUGAAGAAAUAACAUUUCUAUGUAUCUUAGGUAUAUUUAUGUAGAAAUUAUAUUAGUCCACCAAUUUACUAAAUAAAUAUGAUGAAUUACUCUC